GACCACCAUUAGUUUGACAUGACUCUGACGUUUGACGUUUCAAUAUUUUGAUAUUUUUGUUUGGUUUAGUUAAAAAUUUCUUUUAGUAGCUAAUAUUUAGUAAACAUAAAAAAAUGGCUUCUUCGGAAGCGAUACAAGUGAGUUCUUUACCCUUGCCACCCAUGCAGUACGUAAAUCACUAUACUGAUGAAAUGAUUCGAAGAGGAAGAGCUCCCAGGCCUCCACCUCCAAUACAAGACAAUUAUCACAUGUUUGGUAAUGCUUUUAACACAGAAGAAAGUAUAAUUAGGCCGUUGGAAAGUCAGGGAAUUAAACGGUUGUACCCUCUUCAUUUUGACCGGCGGAGGGAACUGAAGAAAUUGAACCAAUCGCUAUUAGCGAAUUUCCUCGACCUUCUCGACUUGUUAGUCAAUUGUCCAGACUCGCCACGACGAGCGGAAAAAGUGGAGGACUUGAGUUUGUUGUUUAUUCACAUCCAUCAUUUAUUAAAUGAAUUCCGACCGCAUCAAGCGAGAGAAACGUUAAGGGUUAUGAUGGAACUGCAGAGGAGACAGAGAAUUGAAACUGCCAACAGGUUUCAGAAGCACUUGGACAAAGUAAUGGAAAUAUUGCAACAAGCAAUCCAAAGUUUACCAGAACCCAUGGAAAUUGACUCAAAAUUGUUGGUAGAAACUGACCUGCUUGUCAGUCAAGAAAAGGCUGCCAAGGAGGAGACCAAAACUGACCCCUGCUUCAUUUUAGAUAGGAUAAUGUGUAAAAUAGUAGAUAAUAUGUAAUUGUACAGGUUUCUUACAUUUCUUAAGUAAAAAUAAACACAAAAUGAUAGAA